AACAAAAACAAAAACAUGGAGCAUCUUUAAAAAGUUUGUUUAAAGGACAAGUUGCUUUGGAAUGAAUCCCAACUCUUGUCUAAAGUAAAUAGCAAAAGAAGGCUAUAUUAUUGAUGGUAAUAAAAGAUGGUGGGCAUCAGAUGAAUUGAUAUUCGUAACCGUAAAAGAACACGUACCAAAGAUCACGGGCUCUACAUAUAGAAUGUAUGUAUGUAAUACUAGUAUAAUCAACGGAACGCUAAUCUUUUCCCGAGAGCCACACAACAGAAGAAUGAAAAAAUUCAUCUUCGAGAAAGUGGGAUAGAAAACAGGACCUAGCCAAAUCCAGGAACAGCAAUAAGUCUACAACUUCAAAAUAUGUUGAUAUGUUCCAGAUCAUCCUUCUUUCUUCUAGUUUUUCUUUCUGUUGUUCUUUUUACAUGCCAAACUUCUGCAACCUCUUAUACGCUUCGCAUUGCAGUUUAUGUAGAGAGCGAGAACGGUGAGGUGCUCCCAUGGAAGAUAAGGAGGUCUCUUGCAGAUGAAACGAUAGCAAGUAACUCAACUUUGAUUUUGGCUGCAAAUAGAACACAAAGGAGAGACCCUCUUGCGGAUUUUAAAACAUAUACUGGAGGAUGGAAUAUCAGCGAACGACACUAUUGGGCUUCCGUUGGUUUUACUGCGGCUCCAUUCUUUAUCAUUGCUGCGGUUUGGUUUGCACUUUUCGGUUUGUGUUUGUGCUUCAUAUGCCUCUGUUAUUGCUGCUGCCGAAGAGAGCCUUAUGGCUAUUCUCGAUUAUGCUAUGCCCUGUCCCUUAUUUUCCUCAUAUUCUUCACCAUAUCUGCAAUUGUUGGAAGCAUUGUUCUAUACACUGCUCAAGGAAAGUUCAACAAUCAUACGUCAGACACUCUUGGUUAUGUUUUGCAACAAGCCAAUGUUACUGGUGAAAACCUAAAGAAUGUGUCAGAGUAUCUUUAUGCGGCUAAACAGAUUACUGUCAAUUCAGUUUCUCUGCCAGUAGAUCUUCAGAGUGGGAUUGAUUCUCUUGAUGCAAAGAUUAACUCUUCUGCUAUCACUCUUUCAUAUCAGACUGAGAAGAACUCCAAAACGAUAAACAAUGCAUUGGAUAGCACGAGAUUGGCUCUUAUUAUUAUUGCUGCUGUAAUGCUAUUUCUGGCAUUUGUUGGGUUUUUAUUCUCUAUUCUUGGACUGCAAAGUAUUGUAUAUUUCCUGGUGGUCAUUGGGUGGAUUCUUGUUGCUGGCACAUUUGUUUUGUGUGGUGUAUUUCUUCUCCUCCAUAAUGUGGUUGCAGAUUCAUGUGUUGCAAUGGAUGAGUGGGUCCAGCACCCCACUGCACAUACUGCUUUAGAUGAUAUACUGCCAUGUGUGGAUAAUGCAACUGCCCAGGAAACCUUACUAAAAUCUAAGAAUGUAACGCAGCAACUUGUAGGUGUGGUUGAUAACAUCAUUAGGAGUGUUGCCAAUAGCAAUCUCCCACCACAAGCUGGACCUGUAUUUUACAAUCAGUCUGGUCCUAUGGUACCUCCUCUAUGCAAUCCAUUUAAUCCUGAUCUGACAGAUCGCAAAUGUGAGGCUGGCGAGGUGGAUCUGUACAAUGCUCCAGAGGUAUGGAAGAAGUAUGUUUGUGAGGUCUCAUCAUCUAAUAUGUGUACUGGUACUGGUCGGUUGAUCCCUAUCAUGUACAAUCAGAUGGCAGCUGCUGUGAAUGUGAGCUAUGUUUUGUAUCGUUAUAGUCCAUUCUUGAUUGGUCUGCAGGACUGCAGUUUUGUACGUGACACUUUCACAGUCAUAAGUAGCAAGUACUGCCCUGGUAUGCGCAGCAGUACUAGCUGGAUCUACAUUGGUUUAGUAAUGGUAUCCGCUGCUGUUAUGUUUUCACUCAUCUUCUGGGUGAUCUACGCAAGGGAGCGCCGGCAUCGCAUCUACACUAAAAGGGUUGAUGCUAAAACGCAUGGGGGCAUAAAGGGAAGAGAUAUUCAAAACUAAAGAGUAAAAUCUUCUUUGUAUAUUUUAAGUAUUAAAUAUAAACUGAUUUUCCCUCUUAAUAUACAGUAGAUUAUGUAUUUUAAUAUUUGGAAUGUAGUUGCGGGUUAUGUUGUCUUGUACUCUUACCAAAUUCUUUGCAUGUGUUUUAAGUAGAAUGUCUUUCAGGCUUGAGCCUGCACUAAUAUAGUUAGAAAUUUUUGAAUGAGUUAUGAAGGAUGUAAUGCUUUUUAUAAGCACUAGUGUCUGUAAUCCACUUUUGCAGAGAGUAAUACUAUUCUUCCUGUGUGAUAAAUA